AUAAUUUAACUGUUAUGAUUUUAUAUUUUUAUCAUAAUGACAUGCCUAGUACCUAUAUUAGUAUGCAAGGUUCAUGUUUGUAGUCAGUACAGCUACAUCUUAUUUUGGUAAUUGUCUAGUCUUAUGUUUGUAAUUUUUAUUCAAAGACCACAGUAAAAUAUUUUGGUCUCUAAUGUUCUUAAUAUAAUUAAUAACCUAUACAAUUUAAAAUUAUACAACAUAAAUAUCAACAAAUCACCUAUAACAGUGUACCUACUAAAUAUUUUUAAUAUUUUCUCAGUAUAGUGUGUAACAUAAUAUUAUAAUAUUAAAUAGUGUACACUACAUACCUAGGUAUACGGUCUGCAAGUCAAUACAUCAAUCAAACCUGUGCUCGAAGAACUGUCCUUAUUAGUCAUUGUGAAUCAAUAUUCAAUGGUAUUUUAUUAUUAAAAUUGUGUUCUGAGUUAUUGAAUUAUAUCGAAUGAAUAUAGAGAUGGAUGCACAGACUUUAUUAUGUGAACAUAAUAAAAAGCUAGUUACAAAAUCCAAUGGAUGUGAACCAACAAACUAUAGAAAUAAAUCUCACAUGGUUAAUGUAUUUAAACUCUUUCAAUCUCUACGCAAAAAUGAAGUUUUAUGUGAAAUAAAAUUACAAACGAGUGAUGGUAAAGUAGUAGUUGGACAUAAAAUUGUUUUAGUUUCUGCAAGUCCAUAUUUUCAUUCAAUUUUUACUAGCUUAGUCAGCUUAGAUGAAUACAAUAAAUAUAUUGCCAAUAUAAAAGAGUUAGAUUCCACAGCUUUACAACUUAUGGUAGAUUAUAUUUAUACUGGAGAAAUCAAUAUCACCGAACAAAAUGUACAGGAUUUGUUACCAGCUUCAAAUCUCUUACAGUUAGAGUUUGUAAAAGAUGCAAGUGUCGAAUUUUUACAAAAACAACUAAAUCCAGCGAAUUGCCUUGGUAUCAGAUCACUUGCUGAUUUACAUAACUGUAUGGAGUUGUUGUCAAGUUCUGAAGCAUAUAUUAAAAAACAGUUUUUAGAAGUGGUUAAAUAUGACGAGUUUCUAUCUUUAUCAUCUGAAGAAGUGAUUAAGCUAAUUUCUUGUAAUUGCCUUGUUAUUCCAUUUGAAGAAAAAGUAUUUGAAUGUGUUAUUAAUUGGGUAAAACAUGAAUUAGAUUGUAGGUAUAAUAGCUUACCUAGAUUAAUUGAACAUGUACGUUUGCCUCUAAUAUCCUUAGAAUACAUAACAAAAGAAGUUGUUGAGGAACCUCUUCUUAAAAAUAGUCCUGAAUGUAAAAAUUAUGUAAAUGAAGCUUUACAUUUUCAUAAACUUAAGACACAACAGGUUAUUACUAUUCCACAAACAAUUCGUAGUACACCUAGAGUGUUUGGACAUAAAGUUAUUUUAGUGUUAUGUUUUUCAUUAACAAUGAAAAAGUAUUGCUUAAACUGGUAUGACCCAGUAACCAAAGAAUGGCAAAUUCCAAUUAAAAUUAAUAAAAGGUAUUCUCCGUGUGCUCUUGCCUUAUUAAAAGAACAUUUUGUGAUUAUAUUGGGUGAUGAAUGUGGAUCAAAAUCUGUUGAAAUGCUUGAUUUAUCUUCAAACUCAUACUGUUGGGUAUCAAUGGUUGACAUGUUAGUCAGUCGAGAAUCUUUAGGAGUUGGCGUUGUUGACAAUUGUUUAUAUGCUAUUGGUGGAUCUGAUGAUGUCAAUAUUUUAAAAAGUGCAGAAGUUUUUGAUGUCAAUAUUCAAGAAUGGAAAAUGAUAUCUAGUAUGUCUACUAUGAGAAGUGACAUGGGUGUUGGAGUAAUCGAUAAUCUUUUAUAUGUGGUAGGUGGUUAUGAUGGUUCAUUGGCUUUGAAAUCUGUUGAAUGUUAUGAUCCCAGUACUGACACAUGGACAACAAUUCCGGAAAUGUCUGUACGCCGCUUUGGUCCUGGGGUAGGAGUCUUAAAUGAUGAAUUGUAUGUUAUUGGUGGUCAUAAUGGAAAAAAGUAUCAAAAAAGUAUCGAGACUUAUCAACCAAGUACUGGUGUUUGGUCUUUUAUUGCUGAUAUGCACUCAUAUCGAUUCAAUCCUGGAGUAUUCACAUUAAAUGGUUUAUUGUAUGUUUUGGGUGGAAGUCACGAAUUUACUUAUUUGGAUUCUUUAGAAAUAUACAACCCAAAAAGUAAUACUUGGUCCAUUGAAACAUUAUCAAAAGGUGCUGGUGAAAUUUUCAAUGGAAUUGUUAUUAAUAGACAACCACUUUUUAGUACUAAGUAGCAAAUACAAUGUAUAUUAUACAUUAUGGUCUCAUUCUUGGUAUAUACAUAUUAUAUUGUAAUAGAAUAUUAAAUACAUAUUCAUGUAAAUUUAAGCUAAACAUUUAUUGUGAUUUUCUGAUUGUUUGAUUAAAAUAUUAUUAUACAAUUUAA